CCGCGGCGUCGAUAAAGGUUGAUGGGGGAGAAGAGGAGCUCCACAGUUCUUAUUUCUGGGGCGAGAUUCAUGGUUCCAAAACCAGAUCACCCAAGUCCAAAUUUUCACCUCAAAGUCCGACCCAUGGUCUAAUAUCCGAUAAAUUUCAUAUCCACAAACUCCCCCUGUGUUUCCAACCAAAUGUUGUAUCAAACGGCUUCACUGUGGCAUUUCAACAAACACCAUAUGUGCGUGUAGCUACAUUGCUUCCCUUUGUUAAAACAAUAUGUUUGUGAGACGAUACUGGUCCGGUGAGUGGUGGUCAAUGAACCAGAAGCGGUUCAUGACCACCAGCAAGAGGGUGCAAGACAGAAGCAAAUUGAAGAGGAUUCAUGAUCUCGAGAUUGUGACUGAGAAAUGGAAGAUAGCAUCCAAAGUGUUGUUCUUGAUGGAAAUUCUGAAAAAAGAGCCCGAAAUGAUCAUUCCCGUCAGGCAAUUGGAUCAGUACCGUAGCCAGAUUAGUCUCCCGAAGCCCCGCAGGGUGUCUGAUUUUAUUCGAAAAUCGCCGAAACUGUUUGAAUUGUACAAGGAUCACAGAGGGAUCUUAUGGUGUGGGAUGACCAAGCAAGGUGAGGAAUUGGUACAAGAGGAGAACAGAAUGCUUGAGGAGCAUCAAGAUACCGCGGCCGAAUUCGUGACACGCUUUCUUAUGAUGUCUGUCGAUAAAAGGCUGGCAUUGGACAAGAUUGUCCAUUUCAGGAGGGAUUUUGCUCUGCCAGUUGAUUUCAGGACUAAUUGGGUUCACAAAUAUCCCCAAUAUUUCAAGGUGGUUAAAGAUAAUGAGGAUGUUGAGCAUUUGGAACUUGUUAAUUGGAAUCAUGCGUGGGCUAUAACCGAGCUGGAGAAGAAGACAAUGGGGAUCACUGAGGCCAGUGAUGAUCAUGUCCCGGGCUUGCUUUCGCUCUCUUUUCCGUUGAAGUUCCCCCCAAAUUAUAAAAAGGCGUACAAGUACAAAGGAGCCAUCGAUCAUUUUCAGAAAAGGUCUUAUUUAUCUCCAUACGCGGAUGCCAGGGGACUCAAAGCCGGCUCUAAAGAAUUUGACAAGAGGGCAGUUGCUAUUAUGCAUGAGUUGCUUAGUUUUACUGUGGAGAAGAGAUUGGUUACUGAUCACCUUACUCAUUUUCGACGCGAACUUGUGAUGCCACAGAAGCUUAUGAGGCUUCUGCUGAAGCAUUUUGGCAUCUUCUAUGUUUCUGAGAGGGGGAAGAGGUUUAGCGUGUUCUUGAAGGAAGCUUACAAAGGUUCGGAGCUGAUUGAGAAAUGCCCUUUGGUGGUUUGGAAGGAAAAAGUCCAGAGCCUUAUCGGUUAUAGGGGAAAGAAGAAAAUUGAAGCUUUCAGUGACAUGGAAGACAUGGAAGAGAAUGGUUUCUAUGAGAGCAGUUCAGAAAGUGAGGACACCAUUGACUUGCAGCUUGAGCAAGAGGAGAAGGUGGGUGAGUUGGAGGAUGAUUCACUUGCGGUUUAUUCUGAAAUGGACAUUGAAGAGAUUUGCAGGGCAUAUGAGGAUACAAAAAGAUGUUAAUGCCUACAGGGGGCAUAUACCUCCACUCAUAUUUGUGAGACGGUAUUUGUUAUUGCAUAGAGGAGGCUUUAAAAGAAGGGAUUUUUUUUUUUUUUUUUUUUUUAUUUUAUAAAAAUGAAUUGUUAUUAGAACUUCAAAAAUUUCAUUCUACACUUCAAACUUUAUAUAUUUGGAAAGAAAAAUACACUUGUGAGAAGUGGAGAAUGAAACUUUUGGAAUGCCAAUAACACUUCCCUUGUAAAAUUGGGAAUUAAUUGUGGAACCCACACCACAUCGAAUUUUAACGAUCUGAACCGUUUAUUAA